ACUCAAAGCUGUACUGGAACACUUACGGGAGAAGAUGGGAAUAUUUGAUAAUUUUAAACAGACGUUGGAUCAGACUGCUGAUAUUAAUAAGGUUCAAACUGAAGAAACAGAGGAGAAGAUCAAGAAGGAGUUUGAGGAACUUCGUGAGAUUCUGCGCAAUGAAGAAGUGGCCAGAAUAACAGUGCUGCGAGAGGAAGAGAAGCAGAAGAGUCAGAUGAUAAAGGAGAAGACUGGGAAGACCAGCAAACAGAUCGUAUCUCUCAAAUGUGCAAUCAGAGACGUAGAGGAGCAGAUGAAAGCUGAAGAUGAUUCAUUCCUGCAGAACUUUAAGAGCACACUGCAAAGAGCCCAGUUUAGCCUGCCAGAUCCGGGGAAUGUUUCCGAUUUGCUGAUCAAUACCCAAGAAUACCUGAGUGACCUGAGGCUCACUGUGCUACAGAAGAUUGACAGCUCCAGGGGGGACCCCAGUGUAAGAGGGGGCCACAAUAUCAGACGGGGCCACAGUUCCAGAGAGGGGCCCAGUGUCAGGGGGGACCCCACUUCCAGAGGAGGCCCCAAUUUCAGAGGGAGCCCCAGUAAUAGAGGGGACACCGGCUUCAGGGGGGGGCAUAAUUUUAAGGAGGACCACAGUAACAGAGGGGACCUCAGUUUCAGGGGGGACCCUAGUUUUAAGGAGGACCCCAAUUCCAGAGGGGGACACAAUUUCAAAGGGGGCCACAGUACCAGAGGGGACCCCAGUUUCAGGGGGGGCCACAAUUUUAAGGAGGACCACAGUAACAGAGGGGACCCCAGUUUUAAGGAGGGCCCCAAUAACAGAGGGGACCUCAGUUUCAGGGGGGACCCUAGUUUUAAGGAGGACCCCAAUUCCAGAGGGGGACACAAUUCCAAAGGGGGCCACAGUACCAGAGGGGACCCCAGUUUCAGGGGGGGGCACAAUUUUAAGGAGGACCACAGUAACAGAGGGGAACACAGUUUCAGAGGAGGUCACAAUUUUAGGGGAAACUCCAGUUUCCGAGGGGACCACAGGGGCCACAGUACUGGGGGAGCACAUAGAUUCAGAGGGGGCCGGAAUUACAGAGGGGCCCUUAAUAACGAGGGGGCCAAAGUUCCAGAGGGUGCGGAGGAGUUCCAGGGGAGCCCCUGAGGGGGACAA